AGACACAUUUUGACUUUUGGCUGAGAGAACAGGCAGCAAGAUGGAUGUUCACAGAUAUUUGAUUGUGUAUUACUUCCUGGCAUUCACCUUCUUCAAAUUGGCAGAUUGCUCUGAGGUGUCCAUUGUUGGAGGCAAAGAUGUCAAAAAACGUCAACCCUGGAUGGUGUCCAUUCAGAAGGACCAGAUCCAUGUGUGUGGAGGAAUCCUGAUUCAAGACCAGUGGCUUUUAACUGCAGCACAUUGCCAAAGAAAACCCAUUACAUCGGUGACAGUUCUGGUAGGAUCUCUGUCUCUGAGUAAAGGCACUCAGCGUGUCGGCAUCCUCAGUUACGAGUACCCUAAAACAUUCAAUGUAAAGACUAAACAAGAUGACAUCAUGCUCAUUAAGCUAAGCAAAAAAGUGAAAGCGAAACCUAAAAAAAUCCCUAAAAAGGAACAAGACGUUCCACCUGGAACAAAAUGUGUUGUGACAGGUUGGGGAACCACUGAUUCUAAAGUCAUGAAACCUUCUGAUAAACUGCAAAUGUUAGAGGUGACAGUGGUGGACAGGGACUUGUGCAACUGCUACUACAACAGAGAUCCUGUGAUCACCAAAGACAUGCUGUGUGCCGGAAACAAGCAAGAAAACAGAGGCAUCUGUUGGGGAGAUUCCGGUGGAUCACUGCACUGUAAGAAAAACAUAGUUGGAGUGGUAUCAGGGUCAAGAGAAUGCGGUGAUCCCAAGGAACCAACUGUGUACACUUUUCUUUCUGAAAGACAUAUCCGCUGGAUCAAUAACACACUGAAAAAGCAAUUCAACAGCACAACCUUUUAAGAAGCUAACAUU